AACGGGCAGCUAGGGCAGAGGCCAUGAAAAACCUGUCUUUAGACUAUACUAUACGUACGUACACAUCGUCUUCUCCAAAGUUCCAAUCUUUCUUAGAAUUGCAUUCUCAAUAUGAGCAGCUUCGCCGGCCCAACAAGUCUCAUCAUCCGUCAAUUCAUCUCCACCACCACCACCCAUAAGAAUAGAAACAGAGGUCCUCCGCCGCUAGCAGCAGCAGCUGCCAUUAAUGGAAGCUCAAAGAACCCAAUUUCCGACCGACGACAACGAAGACAAGUAUUGACCUCUCUGUUAUCAAUUUCCGGAGCAUCAAUUUGUGGGUUCCAGUUAAGUUCUCCGGCGAUGGCGGAGAAUUGGGGAACUCAUUCGUUUAUGAAAGAAUGGUUCUUUCAGCCAGAACUUUCGCCGGAGGAUUCAGCGGCGAGGAUAAAACAGACGGCGGAGGGGCUGCACAGCAUAAGGGAAAUGUUGGAGACUAUGUCGUGGCGGUAUGUCCUGUUUUAUGUUCGGCUGAAACAGGCUUAUCUUUCGAAAGACGUAAGGAAUGCAUUGGUAACUGUUUCACAGACGAAGAAAGGACCUUACAUUAAGGCUGCUAAUGAACUUGUCGACAAUAUUGCAGAGCUGGAUUAUUAUAUCCGCACGCCCAAGGUAUACGAAUCAUAUCUGUUCUACGAGAAGACCUUGACAUCAAUCGACGAAUUAGUGGCAUUGCUAGCAUAAGAAUAUAUGUUGGCUGUU